AUCUGAUUCAUAAUUUCAUAAGUUAUUUCUAUUCUAGUUAACCAUUUUAUUUGUACAUAUUAUGUAGGUUUAUUUUUAUGUAAAACUGGGUUGAUGAGGGACACAGACACUUUGUUAUAGUGAUUAAGUUCACUUUUGUGCCCCUGCCAAUCAGCUCAGUCUUGUUUUCAUUUUCUGUAUAAUUGUUUUUUUUUUGUUUGGCAAUAAAAGAAUAAGAAUAAGAUUACUGUAUAAUAUACUGUAUAAUAUCAUUUUAUUUUGUGACUGCAGGCAAAAUCAGCACCGUCGUCUACUUCACCACCAUCUCACCAGGAGUCAGAGUUUGUCUUUCCAUCCCCCAGCUCUAGGAAUAAGGCAAAGUCAGCAACACCACCACCAUCUCACCAGGAUUCAGAGUUCUUGUCUCCAUCUCGCGGCUCUAGGAAUAAGGCAAAGUCAGCAACGCCGCCACCCUCACUACGAUCUCACCAGGAUUCAGAGUUCUUGUCUCCAUCUCGCGGCUCUAGAAAUAAGGCAAAGUCAACAACACUGCCACACUUACCACCAUCUGACCAGGAGUCAGUGUUUUUGUCGCCAUCCCCUGGCUCUAGAAAUAAGGCGAAGUCAGCAACAAUACCAAACUUACCACCAUCUGACCAGGAUUCAGAGUUCUUGUCGCCAUCCCCUGACUCUAAAAAUAAGGCAAAGUCAGAAACACCGCCACACUCACCACCAUCUGACCAGGAUUCAGAGUUCUUGUCACCAUCCACUGGCUCUAGAAUUAAUGCGAAUUCAGCAACAAUGCCACACUUACCACCAUCUGACCAGGAGUCAGAAUUCUUGUCUCAAUCCCCCAGCUCUAGAAAUAAGGCAAAGUCAGCAACAACACCACCCUCACCACCAUCUGACCAGGAAUCAGAAUUCUUGUCUCCAUCCCCCGGCUCAAGAAAUAAGGCAAAGUCAGUAACAACACCACCCUCACCACCAUCUGACCAGGAAUCAGAAUUCUUGUCUCCAUCUCCCGGCUUUAGAAAUAAGGCAAAGUCAGCAACAAUACCACCCUCACCACCAUCUGACCAGGAAUCAGAGUUUCUGCCUCCAUUCCCUGGCUCUAGGAGUGAGCAACAAGAAACAUGUGUGAAGCUAGCCAAAUCAGCAGUUCCACCAAUCUCACCACCCUCUCAUCAAGAGAUAUCAUCAUCGAAAGGUUUGGAAUUUCAGCUACCAUCCCCAGCCACUUCCAUGUAUAAAAUGAGAAACAUGAAGAGGGUAAAGUCACCACCAACACCAUCAUCACCACCAUCGUCAUGUUCUGGAAAAAAACAAAGCCGCCGACCCAAGCCUUGCCCGUUCCCAGAGUGCAGUAGUGUUGUGCAGCAAUUGGCCCGACACCUAAGAUUUGCACAUAAAUUAAAACAAAAAGAAGCAUUGCUACUUAGUGACCGGGCCAAUGUUAAAUGCACUGGGGAAUUUGGAAUGCGGAAGUGCCCUGUCCUUGGUUGUGGGAAAAAUCGAUCUAGAGUCGACCGACAUUUACAAAACGAGCAUCAACUCAAGAUAAACAGUAAAGAAUACAAACAACUUAUGGCUAAAUGCAAGGCAAGUUAUGAAAAAAAGAGGAGAAAGAACCAAGAAGAAUCGGCAGAAGGGAAGGACUGCCAGUAUAUCGAACCCAUGCUUAGCCUCUUCAAGAAGCACUUGAUGUCUUUAAAUGGGGGCAUGGUGAAUGAGACAAAUGCAGACCAAUGUGUGUCACGUUUGCGUAAGAUAUGUGAAAUGGUCGGAGGCGUCAGCGGCCUGAAAAACCUUAGCAUUAUGAGAAAGUGGUUUUCUUCCUUUCAGGAUCAGACAACUAAAGGUGGUAAAAUUUUAACACCGAAUACGGUAUUAAUUUACGUAGGAACUUAUCGUAAUUUUAUGAAGUUUGCUUUCCUUUCAAAGCUUUUCCCUUUCAAGGCUACUGCCGAUGCCCUCUAUAAGGAAACCUUCAAGUGGCAGGCUUUCCUCAAUCCGCUUAAGAUGGCUCGGGAUGCCGAGGUAAUUGCCACUAGUAUGCGGAAUACACUCCAACACUCAGAGUUUCUAAAGCUAUCAGGCAAUUACCCAGUAAAGAAUCAAGCUUUGGAACUUCUAAACAGGUGCGAAAUGGAGAACAUCGACUGCGAUGAUAAGGGUUUCUUUACUGUACGAGAUUACAUUAUGAUGUUGCUCGUUGCAAAGUCUGGACAACGCAGUGGAUGUAUCCGCAGUUUGACCUGCUCAGAUAUUUUAAAUUCUAAAGAAUCUGAAGGUCGGCAGAUAAUUUUAGCAUCAAGAUAUAAGACUGCUUCGUCUGGUCAUGCUGCUAAGAUUGUGCUGGACAAAUCAGAUUUUAAGGUAGUGCAGAAAUACAUCCAGCACAUUCGGCCAUCUGUUGCAGGUGAGAUAGAGUAUGCCUUCACGGACAAGAAUGGCAAGCAGCUAAAUUCCGCCUGCUUUGACAAACGACUGAAAAUUGUGUGGGCAAAUGCUGGCAACAAAUCAAAAUUCAGCUGCUCGCAGUUGCGAAAAUCCUUCUUUGGAAGUCCUGUUAGGUCGCAAAAUUUGAAACUGGGAGUGCCUGUGACUCCAGGAGACAACAACUCAUCGUCAUCAUUACAACGAUUGACACAUUCGUCAGCAUCACCAGCAUCACCAGCACCACCACCACCACCAUCAUUACCACCACCAUUACCACCACCACCACAAUCACCACUACCGCAGUCACCACCAUUGGUAAAGCAGACUGCACCUUCUAUGCAGUCCAGUUCAUCAGCAAUCCGAUCUCGCAUGGCAUUUUCACUUAACCAGGAUUUAAAUAUCAUAAGGGCUUUCUCCCAUCACAUACAUUCCUCUGGGCCUUUUAAGAUGUGUUCUGUGCGACAGGUUUUGGCAGAAGAUGCAUCUUUAUGUAAAAGCCUGGAGGGGUUUCAGGAAGGAGAUGGCCCGAAACUUAACAAAAAGAUCUACGAUCGGGUGAGGGUUUUGAGGAAGAGAGCUCAUAAAAAAUCAACACAGCGACCGACACCAUCAUUGUUACUACCACCACCACCACAAUCACCACCAUUGGCAAAUGUAGAUUAAGGUCCUUUCAAAAUAUUAACAUAAGUACAGUAGCUGAAUGAGCACUGUCAUUAAAUAAGUAAUGCACUCAAAAAUAUCAAUAAGUGACUCCAUGUUAAUUUGGGUUUUUUUAUACAGUGUACUAUUUAAUAUAACAAUAGCAUUAUAUAAUAUUAUUAAUAUUUAUUAAUACAUUAUUAUUAUUGUUAAGUCUGAAAAAUAUAUAGCUAAUAAUGUUUUUUAAAUGAUUUUAAAGAAUAAAUGUAACUUGUAAACAUAAUCAUUUCAUAGCUGAUGGAGUUUGUUGAAAUUACAAAUAGUAAAUUCAAUUUUCUGACAGCCGAUUUUGGCUAAGAGAUUUCCCAACAGUGAUUCCUGUAGAGUGUGUCUUCCACUGCUCUAGUAAACCUUUUACUUUUGCAUCACAAAUGCAAAUACCUGAAAAUGUUCAAAAUUCUGGUUCUCAUUUUGGGUGCUUGUGCAAAAUUAGAAAUUGUGAAAAAUGGUAGGUUUUGCCAGAGCCGGUCACAUAUAGCCUGGGUUUCCUGCAAUCUAUACAGUCUAUUGCUGUGUUUCCACAAAAACAUUACAUUGUUGCAGUUGUCCCGACAAAAUGCUGAGCAGGUGAUUUGUUGAAAAUUUGUUACCGAACCAGAACAGUUGUUUGGCCUGUUAAUUUGCAUGGUAACCCAAAUUGUACUUGUGAAAUAUGUCAUUCACAUUAAUUUUUGUUGCUGUAGAACAGGGGUGGGAAUAAAAAUGAGUCGGAGGACCAAACUGAAUUUUAAAAUAGCAAGCAAACAUAAGGUGCAAGUUUAAAAUUUCCAAUUUUCUUGAAAAAAACCUUAAUACACUGCUUUUAGACCGUUCUAUGCUAACUUUUAAUGUUGCUUUUUACUGAUGUUCGGCGUCAGGCCAUAAAAACAUGUGUUUUUUUAGUUCUUUUAUAGACUGCUUACUCUGCAUAAAGGUAAAGUAGUAGAUAGUAUCUAUUACUUACUUUGUUAUCUUGAUCAUAAUUAUUUGUCCAUAUGACAAAUUUGCGAUCUUCUGACAAAAGUAUUGCAGAUUAGUAUAAAAAUCUAGUAGACAUAUCCAAUCCAUAUCCAAUUUAUAUUAAAAUCCUUCAUAGUCAAAAAAUUCAAAUCUUCACUAGUACUUCUAAUCUGUUGGAUUGGAUAUACAUUUUUUUCAUAAUAGCAAGACAAUUUUUUUGCAGUUACUAUGUAUUGAAAUAUAAUCUAUUAUCCACUGUAAGAAAGUAUGUGAUAUUUCGACCUGUUCAGAUGCUCAGAACUUUGAAGAAGUUAUAGGCAUUUGUGUAGUCCAUGCAUCUAGCUCAUCUAGCACUGCUGGAAUUGUAAUGACCAAUCCGAUUUCAUCAUGGUGCAUAAGUACGUCAAGCAUUUGGCUGAAAAAAGUGUGUCGUAGUGAGUUUAUGAUAGAGCUAUCCAAAAUCUAUAAAUUUUUGGUAUGUGAUAUUUUGUUCUUGUUUGUUUUCUUUUCCUUUCUCCUUUGAAUAUAAUAGUAUAUUGUAGAUUUAUGUUUCUUUUUAAAUAAUAGUAGUAAUUAAAUAAGUAAUUAGAUAUGGUUAAUAAUUUCCCACAAAACAAUAACGUAAAUGGACGUAAACAUGCAAGUUUGUGGACGUGUGUUUGUUGGCCAAGCGCAUAUUAGCUUUACACUUCUGAUUGGUCAGUUUGCUAUGUUUUAUUGACACACUAGAACAGGUCCAUUGUAUAGUAAGGAAAAAUGUAACAUUUUUAGGGGUCGUUCAACAUUAUCAGCAUUUUCACAACUGUACAAACAGUACGAGGGGGGUGGGGGAGGGGUAGACAAAUUUGUAUACUCUUACAUAUGCAUAAAAAUGUUGAUUCAAAAUAACAUGCAAUAUGUAAUAUAAUGGUAAAAUUAUAAUGUAACCAUAGAUAUAAUAUUCAUUUUUAAGCAACCAAUUGCAUUAGUUGACUUAAAAAGAAUGGAGAAUGGUUUUGCAAAAUCAACAAUUUUUUUGUACACUUUCAGAGGGGAGGGAAGGGGUACCGAAAAAGAGUACUGUUUGUACACUUGUGAAAAUGUCGAUAAUUGUGAACAACCCCUUAAUUAACAUUCUCUAGAUGCAAUAUGUAAUUUGAAGUAAUACUCAAUAGAGCUUGUUUGGAUGUGAGUGAAGACUGGUUUCCAUAAAAAUCGCUACCCGCUAUUGCCUAUUCUUUUGGCGACGCUGAUUGGUCAUAGUUGAACCAGGGAGCGUUCCUAAUGUGUCGGGUACAGCUACGUAGUUCAAGGAUUGCAGGAGCUAUAGCAGCUGUGUAGCAAUUCAAUGGAAGCCAGGUUUGACUGUCGAUGUGGAUGUCUGAAAAGUAUUGUGGUAGCUAGUUUAGAGAGUGCUGUAUGCAAUUAUGUAAAAAACAAAUCCUGCAAAUAUGGUGCUAGAUAACUUUGUGAAAUACAAUGUAUAAAUUAUGUAUACUAAUGGUUCCCAAGCUGCCGCAGAAAAAUAAUUGGGGGUCUGCCAAGUCAAAAUGAUCUCCAGAGCGUUCACGAAAACUUUCGUGGCACACCAGAUUUUAAAUCAAUUUUUUCUUGUUUUACAACAGCGUGAUAAACAUCUUAUUGCUAAUCAUUGGGAGCCUUAUCAACAAUGAAAUAGUUUUAAUGUAUGUUUGUGGCGAAUAAUCUUCAACUAAUUGUCAUUGUAUUGGAAUAUUUUCAAGAAUUGUGAAAGAAAUGUGUGUAAUAUGUAUAAACAUAUUGAUGAAUAGGUUGACAGGGUUUUAAAGGUUUUUAAACUACACUUUACUCCAAAGUUAGUUUGAGUGUGAGAAGGCAAUGUUCUUAAGAGAAAGAUUUAUUAUAUUUUGUGACUUAAAAUUUUAUAUCAAAAUAAUAAUAAUUUUCUUUCAAAAUAAAGAUUUAUUUUCUUUAAACAAUAGA